CUGUUUAUUCCGUGUCUAUAUACCACAUUGAUUAUCGAUUCAUUCAGGUUUGAUUGCUUUGGUCCCAGCCGACGAUUCUAAUAUCGAUUGGUUGGGUCUGCACGUGGAAUCAAACAUGGCGGCAACUCCAACAACGAACCCGUCCCAGCUGCUCCCGCUCGAGCUCGUGGACAAAUGCAUCGGCUCCCGGAUUCACAUCGUGAUGAAAACGGACAAAGAGAUCGUCGGCACCCUGCUGGGGUUCGAUGACUUUGUCAAUAUGGUCUUGGAGGAUGUGACAGAGUUUGAAAUCACACCAGAGGGACGAAGAAUAACCAAACUGGACCAGAUCCUCCUGAACGGCAACAACAUCACGAUGCUCAUACCUGGAGGAGAAGGUCCUGAAGUCUGAUCCCAGGGACACUUGUGUUUUGCUUCGUCUACGUUGUGUUUCUUAGUUGUUUAAAUCAUCAUUAUUGUUGUUGGUCUUUCCUCUUGAUCUUUUAAGGAGGAAAAUAUGUUUGUGGCAUGAUGCCUCAUUGAUUUUGUUAAUAAAAAUAAAAACAGAUAAAUGAGACGUUAAUAAUGAUCACAUUUAUUAAAAAGUUUUGUUACAAAUAAAUCAGUGACUCUCAUUCUUUCUUCAUUUUUUAAUUGGAGUUUUGCGUUUAAACAAGUUGAAUUUAUUGAAAGUGAUAAAACUCAUGUUUAUUGAAGUGAGUGGAACUCGUAACUUUUGAAGUUACAUGUAGAAUGAUUGAGCCGAGAGUCGAGUGAGGUUGAAAACCCAGCUAUUGAUCCAGCUGUGAAGAACGUGUCCCUCCUCUUCAUCACCUCCUUCAGUACAUGGACGGCUUCUCCUCUCCUUUCGGGUUGGUCACCUUGUCCAGGUUCUUGU